GGGGAGUUGGCUGUUUCCAUCCGCACCCAAAUGUAGACCACCGCAGAAUACUAGCAUCCUCACACUCGAUGAGUGUCUAAUUUUGCAGGACGCAGUUCUCCUUUUUUUCCCCUGACCCCGUCGUUCGUUGCUUCGUGCGCUCGAUCGUAGUUUCCUUCGCUGCCUCGUCAUCAGAUGCCAAGGGGUCAUCAUGCUCUACUCCCAGGCAAGGUGUAAUUAAAGGAUGGCAUUGGGUUCGUGUGUGGGUCCCGGUUCCGUUUGAUUUUGUUCGGCUGUGGGUUUGGAGCUCCUUCCUUCUCGCUCGCCAUGCGAGUGUGGUGCAGCUUGCUAAGGGCGGGGAAAUUUGAGGAAGCCAGGAGUGAGUGUGCGUGUAUGUGUGAGAGAGAGGGAAAGAGAGUGAGACGAACUAAGGCGUGUGCGUCUUUUUGGCGGCGCUUUUGAUGAACCUGGACCACUUGCACUGGGCUCGAGAUGUGAUCCUCUUCGAGUGUCCCUAAGCACUGUAGCGCCGGCGGGUUUGUUCAUAGUCAUACACCUUGUGUUGAACCGCGAGGCCGUCGUGUGGGUUUGUUCCUGAUUGAUGGUGCUUGUUAGCACUCGAAGCAUUGUUGGAUUCUGGUGUAGAGGCGUUUGUGAUUGGGUCCCGGUGGAUAGCAGGUGAACGGUUCAGUUUGGACUUUUUUUUGGAGCGGCGCGGUGACGGUUGUUGUGUAGAUCUCUUCGUGGAUUCUUCUUUCGGUAUUGUUCUCCCCUCCCUGAUUGCGAGAGGGUGUGUUCUGUGAAAGGCUGAUGUCCCAUUCUCCAGAAGUCGUGGAUCACGUAAUGCAGUGAACAGCUUAUUUCAACUCUGAAGUGUCUUGGCCUGGACGUCGCAGACGCUUCUUUUAUCCGGCAGAGAAGGCCUAAAAUUCGGUUGUUGUUCUCAGAUCUUUCAAUGAGAGCUUUCUGGUAACUUCUUGCAUUGCUCUUUGAACGUGAUGUCCUUGGACAAUUGUGCCAGAGAAGAUUUUUGACACUGGUCUGUUGAAGGAACUUUCAAGAUCCUCACACUUCUGCUAGAACUCUAGUAAGCGGGAUUCUAGUUCGAAAGGUUUACGAACGAAUGUAUAAUCCCAACAUACAACUGGGCAUUGAAGUUUUCGAAGGAAUUACUUUUUCACUUGCAGGAAUCACCAACACUGCGUUGAACACCAGGAAGUAAGAGUGGAUGCGCUCAGUGAAGCGUCUCGGACGGUUGCGCGUGGAAGCAGUCCUCUUAUUGUGAAGGCAGCAAAUGGCUGUUACUCUUUGUCGGGUCUGAGAUAGUUCAUUGAAGCUGACCUACAAUGCCUGGCCCUUGCUUCUCAUGGGCCAAGUCCAUUUCCUUCAAAGCCAAGUCAAUAACUUUCAAGUCUGAUUCAGGCUCGGAGAUAUCCCACGAGUCUCGUUCCGGUUCAUUCUCGUCGACACCGCUCAGGGGUGAACAUUCGAAGUCCCCUCCACGCCGCUAUGGCUGUACGCAAGGUUGUACUCCUAGCAUUGCCAACUUGAAAGAAAUGCUCCAAGGCAACAGUUCGUUGCUCAGUAGCAAAUCUUCUUCACAUUCUUCCUCCUGCGCCAGCCCUCCGAAGAACGAAUCGUAUAUCCAUCAGACCAAGAAUGGGGAUUACAUGUAUCGUGCACCUCUCCAGUCGAAACCGAACAGGACCUUUCGGAAACAGAACAGCUUCGGCAGUGCACAAGAGGUAACUAGGACCUCAAGGGAGCUGGUAAACAUUGAUGUGAGUACCAAGGAGAACCUAUGUCUUGUGAAGGGGUGUUGCGAGUGCAGCAAGCAUUGCAACCCAGGGGGUGGUAGGAUUUUCCCGAGGGAUCCUCAACAUCAUGGCUCUCUUUCUCCCAAGUGCUUCUGCCCGAAAUGUGGAGAGGCGUUUUUCAAGCCUGAGGCCCUAGAGCUGCAUCAAGUCGUCCGUCAUGCUGUCUCGGAGCUUGGAAGCGGAAAUUCGUCCCUCAACGUGAUAGAGAUCAUAUUCAAGACAAGUUGGUCGGUAAAAGGGGCUCCCUGCACCAGAAUUGAGCGAAUUCUCAAGAUCGACAACACCGAAAAGCACAUCUCAGAGUUUCACAACUACCGUGAUGCUGUGAAGAAAGCAGCUGCCGACGAAGGUAUGCAGCAUGAAAGAUGUCUGGCGGACGGAAACGAACUUCUACGUUUCUACGGUUCGUCUUUCAUGUGCUGUCUGGGAAUCAACGGAUCUACCAACCUUUGCAGCAUGAGCGCAUGCAACGUUUGCAGUAUUAUUCGAUGGGGAUUUGCAGUUCGAAAGGAGAAGGGUAUCUUUACAACGGCAAGCAGCGGCAAAGCGCAUGAAAUUAUCAUGGCCGAGGAGAAAGAGAAUUGGAGAGGAAAGCAUGCAAUGCUUGUUUGCAGAGUGAUUGCCGGGAGAAUCUUUAGGUCACCAGAGAGAACUUCUAGAGUCCACCAUGCCUCAUGCCUACCUGAUGGUUACGACUCAGUUUCCCCUGGAUCGGCAACAAAUCUGGAUGAGCUCACUGUCUUCAAUCCUAAAGCUGUACUCCCAUGUUUUCUAGUUGUGUAUACGAUUUAAAGCCCUCCCUCUUCUUGGCUUUCUUUCGUGCACAGUCAGGUUUUGAGUGCUCUCGCGUCACAGUGCGACAGAGUAUGAGAUUCUAUCCCUGUCCCACGGGCUUAGGUCGGAACUUGUAAGAUAUAACUGUAGAAUUACAACAAUUGAUUCUUUAGGUGGGCGAUACAUCAAUGUGUAUACCGUGUCUACCUCAAAAAGAAAACUGAACCUGCUUGGCAAGUUCCAUGUUUUUAAAUAUGAUUAUUGUGAUAUCUUAGUGAGGUUUGCACAGGAUAGUUGCCAGCAUAAUGCCAUGGGGUAAGCAUGUUACCAGGACAUUCCUUUCUUUGUGCACUGUGUUCAUUUGUAGUUCUAGUGCGAAAGUAUAGGUUGGUACUUAGGAUUGCUUCAGCUGGCUCAUUGGAGCCUCCGGCGAUUAUGUUCCUGCAUGCAGCACAGAAUUGACUGGUUGCCAUCACAUCCUGAACAGGUCUGGUUCGAUUUAUCAAGUUGAAGGCCUCAUGAGGACGAAUGGCAAUGUGAAGCUGCACGGGCUUUACUCCUGUGUACAUCAACGUGUGCACGCCUCGCAUCGACCUUGAAAUUGCUCAGUUGGCCCGGCGCACCUCAUUUACUCGCAGUUUUGAAAUCUACAAUCUGUGCAUGAAUGGAUACUUGGUUGUGAUCACUUGAGUUUUUUGGUUCUGAUCCUGCCAGUCCCUACAGCUGGAGUUUUCAUGUCGAAAAUCCAGAGUUCUGACUUGAUUCGACAUCGGAAAAACUGCAUCUAUAACAAUGGAUGUACACCUGUCUCGAUCGGAAUGCACACCUCAACUUACUCUAGAGAACAAUUCGCAUCUGCCUCAUUGUUCACCCUCCACUUAGAACUUAACCCGAUGCUCCACUUUCGAAACUUUAGAUAAUUCGACCUAGCAAUGUCUCCCUCAACCUUCUUGUCGGAUGAAGGCAGAAUUAGCAGCAGUUUACUUGGUAAAUCUGAAUAAGUUUUGGCAUAAGAAUUGUGGAUAUUCAGUUUUGGUAGUUUAUUUUGGCGCAGGCAGGAGUGCGACUUACAAUGUCUUUGCCUUCAAUGUUGUUAACUGGGCAAUCCAUUGCGCGUGUCUUCUCGCCAAUCAUCACUCUUGAAGUUGAAGCUAGAGAAUUGGUUCCAAAAGUUUCA